UGCGUUCAGGUGCUCCUCACCCCUCCGAGGUGAAAACUCCCAAACGGGAUGUGAUGGAUUAUAUCCGAUCAGUAGGAGCUUGUAUUGAUGCGUAAAGUGAAUAAAAUCUGCAAUCGCCGGUUCGACUUUAGAGGUUAGAGGUUAAAAGGAAGGGACCGACAAACGGUUUCUAAUGAUACCUUUCCUCAUGCUGUUCUUCUUCACUUCUCUCUUUCAGUACCGCUUUUUGCAUCUUCCCUCUAAGUUCCUGCUCUUCCUAAUCGAUUAGACUCCUCUCCUCUCCUCUCCUCUCCUCUCCUCUCCUCUCCUCUCCUCUCCUCUCCUCUCCUCUCCUCUCCUCUCCUCUCCUCUCCUCUCCUCUCCUCUCCUCUCCUCUCCUGUCAUGUCUACAUCCAUGAAGAACCCACCCCAGCGUCGCCGCUCUCUAGGUCCUGUCUCACCCAAGCGCAUCUAUAGAAACCUCUCCGUUAGACUGAGGGGUAGGGAGUCAUCUGUUGCCGGGGAAACAGACAUGCCCAAACACCUGAGCAAGACUGCAGAUACUUACAAGACCCUGUGGGAGGCCGUGGAAAAUGAGGACACUUUGGCUGUACAAAGUCUCCUGUCCAGAGACCGUACGAACUGUGUGGGAGGAGGAGGAGGAGGAGGAGGAGGAGGAGGAGGAAGAGGAGGAAGAGCUGGAGGAGCAGGAAGCAUGUGGGAGAAAGGAGAGAAGAAAGAGAAGGACUGGGAGGCAGAAAGAGAGAAAGGGGUGAACAGGGUCAGCGAACAGGGCCUGGUCCCCCUUGAUGUGGCCGCCCUUACCCACAAUUCCCCUCUGCUCCAUGUGUUGACAAAGGCAGGAGCAAGACAUAACCCUGUUUUGUGCCGACCAGUAGAAUGGGAGCUCAAGCUGGAUGCCCUGGUGUCGCUAGCGAAUAAACGAGUGGAAGAGAGGAAGAAGGAGUUGAUAAGGAAGGCAGGGGUGGGACCACAGGCGCAGGCUGACAUCCACAGACAUGUCCGCCUGUGGAGCCUCAGGCUGCAAUUAUACUGCCGGAUGAGAGAGAACUUCCAAAACACAGAGCUUCCUGAUCCUCCCACUCAUGUGUCCAUACUGGUGACCAGCACGUCGUCUCUGCUUGUGGUGAUCAAAGAGCCGGACAGUCAUUCCAUGGGCCUCAUCACCCGCUACAGAGUGGAGUGGAGCACCUCAGAAAGCUUCAAACGUAUCCUUGGCUCAGCCCAAGUUACAGAGACCAAGAACCCGUCCUAUAGUAUCAAGGGACUCACAGCAGGAGUGCAUUACUUUGUCAGAGUGAGUGCCUUCAAUGUGAAAGGAUGGGGCCCGCCUCAGUACUCUUCUCCAGUCAGCGCUGCCCCCUCUAGUUGGAGAGAAUGCACCGGUGUGAAGUCACAGUUUAGAAACCAUGAGGGCCUCGUGAGGAAACUGCUGGAAGAUGCCAAAGAACCACAUUACAGAGGAUACUGCAUUGAGAGCUUGAAGCCCCAGAGUCCCAGCAAGCGCCUGUCUAUGUCUCGAGGCAUCAAACAACUGUUCCAGUCUGCCACCAAGUUUGUUCGUCUCCUGCAGAGGGGUGUGUACUUGGCAGCUGUGUUUUACCACAAAGACAACAUCCUGGUAACUGCUGAAGAUCAGAUCCCACUGGUAGAGAUCCAAUACUGCUCCACCUCCAUCACCACUGAUUUCCUUUGGUUUGCCAAGUUGUCAUGUGCAUGGCAACAAGUACCAUGGCUCCAGCAGGCCCUUUCGUCAGCUCAUUCAUCUCCUUCCUCCCUCCUUCAGAACAGGCACAACAUUUUACGAGCUGUUUCACAGCUGCAGUCUUCCCUGGGAAUAGUGGACUUGGGCCAGGUGUACUAUGAGCCUCUAAAAGACAGGCAGGGAAACGUCUUACUAGUGACUCUGAAGGAGUUCCCAAAUCCUCCCAGCCCUCCUGAUCCUCCACUCCACUGGAUACCCCUUGCUCGGCUGGAAAAGAACCGCAGCCGAACUCCUCUGUUGCCAGAGCCCACUGCCAUGGACAUGCUCUAUGAGCAGCUCAAGGAGAAACUGUCCUUCCACAGACACAGCAUUCAGUGGGCUCAGCCUGGUCUCUACGUUGGCAUCUUGAAGCUCUGUAGCUCAGUGGAACAGAUCAGAGUCCUGGUGCCACAGAGGCUGCCCAACCUGCUCUGUCACACCCGGGUCCGACACAAUGCCCACGUGACUAGAGAAGAAUGGACAUGGCUUCAGAGUCAUGUUUACACCACGGCCAGUGUUCAGAACCUGCUGAGCGGUGAGGAUGAGAACCUGAUGGAGAGCAGUGGGCUGGUGGAGUUCAUCCAGUCUCUGAGAGCAGCUGUCACACAUCUCCUAACGAAGCUCAACAUCCCCCUCUACAGGGCCUACCAGUAUGGGGUCUAUACCAGGGAGCUGGUGCAGUUUGGAGACAAGCUGUCCAUGCUGCUGCUGCUGCCCCCCAGUGAGGACUUCAGCUCCAGCUACUGGCCCCUGGUGGGGACCAAAGAGCCUGGCCUCACCAUGCCCCUGCAGAUCUUUGAGCUGGUUCACUUCUGGACGUAUGAGCGGGACUUCCUGUCUAAGUACUGCCAGGCCUGGGUGAGGCUGGAGCUGGACACUCAUCUGGCCCAGCAGGCUCUGCGGGAGGCUCUGGACACCAAGGAGGUACAGGAAGCUCGGGAGCGCCUGAACCACAUCACGGAUCUAUCCCAUCGUCUGGAUGUUGUGUGGCGAGAUGCCCGUUGGAUUAUGGACUGUCUACAGUGUGUUCGAUCCAAGCAGUGGGUGGGGGCAGUGCCUCUGGGUCUGGUCAUGGGAGGAGACCCACCGCCACGUCCUGAAGGUGAGGAAGAGGAAGAGAGGCUGACUGCCAGACUGACAUGGCCCCAUCGGAUACAAGCACAGAGAACCAUCACUGAGAGUUUGGUCAGUGUGACUCCUCCAAACGUCGUCACUGCAGAGGUCUCUGCUCCGGCAGGAAUCAUUGCUAGUGCAGAAGAAGCCCAGCUGGUGUUAAUGGAAGGUGUGGCGAAGGGAGGAUACCCUGUAGACAUCACCUCCCAGUCAAAUGUAGACUUGACCAGCCUUGUCGAACCAGAGUUAGUUUGUGCAAGCACUUUAAUCGAAGCUGGACUAGAGCCUGCCGCUGCUGGACAGCUGGAGGUGGGGUAUACAGCUUUGGAUGCACAGGAGUCCUACAGCGGUGAUCUCUACAGUGGUGAUCAGGACUUUCCCUCCAGCAUCACUGAGGUGAUCCGACCGAUGGAGAUGGCAGAGUUGGUGGACAUUUUACCCACACUGAGUCUUAUUGAGGAGGAAAUCCCCAGCGGCCCGUCCACACCGUCUGUAAUGGACAUGCUUGAGAGCUUCGGACUGGGGAUGAGUGAAAGCCACACUUACUUUAACUUACAGAAUCCAGAUGUAAUGAGUGAAGCCGGAUGUUCGUCACAGCCUAAUGGCAGCAGUGUGACAGAGACUCAGUGUGAGAAUGCAGUGUUACAGGGACUAGACAUGUCCGCCUGUUGUGCUUCAGGUGGUGACAAACCCACUUUGAGCUGGGAUUUUCCUCCAGAAGACACAGAGGGUCUGCAGUUACCCGGCAAGGCAGCAUGUUAUCCAAUAAGGAACCAGGUGGAGUGGGACAAACCCACUAACAGUUCAUCCUGAUAUUAACCCAACCCAAGCCUACAUGGAACGUUUCAUGUCAUUUAAUCUGUGGGUGUAGCACAGUCGAUUUCUGGAUAAACUGUUUGUUUUUAGAUGACCUUUUCUUUGAAUGGUGAUCAAUUCCACAUGUUCCACUGUGUUAAAAUAAUGAGAAGAAUUAUUCCAUUAUUAUUACAGCUGAUAUAACGAUGACAUAAUACGCUGAUUUAUGUCAUUUGCACAUCUCUGGACCUUAACUCUGUCUUUUCUCUGGUCCAGUUUGUUUGAGAUGAGAAUGAAGAAGCUAUAAUAGUAGUUUUAAUGACUUGAAAAUCAUUGCUACACUACAGGGCUUGUUGGAAAUAUUAAAUAAACUAAAUGCAAUAUUUUCAGUCAAAUUUCAGUAAAUAGUAGCAUAUGUCUGUGUAUGUGAAAUCUUGUGACACUGU